CUGUUAUAGGACCACCUACUGUUAUAAAUCCACAAAACCCCUAACAGUUACUUGCCAAGUGCCCAUAGUGAGCCUUCACAUUCUUCUUUCAUUCUUUUCUCCACAGUUAGCAAAUAACAAAAAACACCAUGAGAUUUUCCUCUUCCUCUCCAUUCUUGCUAGUCUUGACAAUAUGCAUAAUAGGUUGUGUAAAUUUGGUCCACACAGCUCCAACCAAGAUUGGGAAUGGCUAUAGUUUGAUAGCCAUUGAAGAGUCACCAGAUGGUGGCCUCAUAGGUUACCUUAAAGUCAAGAAGAAAAACAACAUUUAUGGACCUGAUAUUCCAAACUUGCAGCUCUAUGUUAAACAUGAGACAGAUAAUCGUUUGAGGAUUCACAUAACAGAUGCAGAUAAGCAAAGAUGGGAAGUUCCUUACAACUUAUUACCAAGAGAAUCACCUCCAUCACUUAAACAAACAAUUGGCAAAUCAAGAAAAGGCCAAUUUCCACUUUUGUCCUCAGAGUAUUCAGGAAAUGAGUUAAUGUUCAGUUACACAACUGACCCUUUUAGUUUUUCUGUUAAAAGAAAAUCAAAUGGACAAACCCUUUUCAAUUCAAGUUGUGAAGAUUCUGAUCCAUAUAGUAAUUUGGUAUUUAAAGAUCAAUAUCUUGAAAUAUCAACAAAAUUGCCUAAAGAUGCUUCAUUAUAUGGUCUUGGUGAAAAUACACAACCCCAUGGUAUUAAAAUUUACCCAAAUGACCCUUACACUUUGUACACAACAGAUCAAUCAUCAAUCAAUUUGAAUAUGGAUUUGUAUGGAUCACAUCCAAUGUAUAUGGAUUUGAGAAAUGUGAAUGGUGAAGCUUAUGCUCAUGCAGUUUUGUUGAUGAAUAGUAAUGGGAUGGAUGUGUUCUAUAGAGGGGAUUCAUUGACAUACAAAGUGAUUGGGGGUGUUUUGGACUUUUACUUCUUUUCUGGGCCCACACCUCUUGCUGUUGUUGAUCAAUAUACUCAAUUCAUAGGAAGGCCUGCUCCUAUGCCUUAUUGGUCAUUUGGUUUCCAUCAAUGCAGAUGGGGUUACCACAACUUAUCUGUAAUUGAAGAUGUUAUUGCCAAUUACAAGAAAGCAAAAAUCCCUCUUGAUGUUAUAUGGAAUGAUGAUGAUCAUAUGGAUGGGAAAAAAGAUUUCACACUCCACCCUGUCAACUACCCUGGCCCAAAGUUGAGAGCUUUCUUGGAGAAAAUUCAUGCUGAAGGAAUGCAUUACAUUGUCAUCAAUGAUCCUGGAAUUGGAGUUAACAAAAGUUAUGGUGCUUACCAAAGAGGUAUAGCCAAUGAUGUCUUCAUCAAAUACGAAGGGAAACCGUUUUUAGCACAAGUCUGGCCUGGUGCUGUUCAUUUCCCUGACUUCCUCAACCCGAAAACAGUUGAGUGGUGGGGUGAUGAGAUUCGACGUUUCCAUGAACUUGCUCCUAUUGAUGGACUUUGGAUUGACAUGAAUGAAGUUUCCAACUUUUGCACUGGUUUGUGCACGAUUCCCGAGGGUAGGAUAUGUCCUAAUGGAACUGGUCCUGGUUGGAUUUGUUGCUUGGAUUGCAAGAAUAUAACGAAAACAAAGUGGGAUGAUCCGCCUUACAAGAUAAAUGCUUCCGGAAUACAAGCUCCAAUAGGGUACAAAACGAUUGCUACUAGCGCGACUCAUUAUAAUGGAGUUAGGGAAUAUGAUGCUCAUAGUAUUUAUGGUUUCUCUGAGACUAUUGCAACUCACAAGGGUCUUCAAGCAUUAGAGGGAAAACGUCCGUUCAUAUUGUCUCGUGCCACGUUUGUUGGUUCAGGACAUUAUGCUGCACAUUGGACAGGGGAUAACAAAGGAACUUGGGAGGAUUUGAAGUAUUCAAUCUCUACUGUCUUGAACUUUGGUAUAUUUGGUGUUCCUAUGGUUGGUUCAGACAUAUGUGGAUUUUAUUCCGCGGCUCCUCCUUUAGAGGAGCUCUGCAACCGUUGGAUUCAAGUAGGUGCGUUCUAUCCCUUCUCAAGGGAUCACGCGAACUACUACUCACCAAGACAAGAGCUUUACCAAUGGAAAAGUGUGACUAAAUCUUCGCGUAAUGCUUUAGGAAUGAGAUACAAAUUGCUACCGUAUUUCUACACCUUGAACUACGAAGCACACAAAACCGGGGCACCAAUUGUAAGGCCACUAUUCUUCACUUUCCCGAACAUUCCAGAGCUUUACGAGUUGAGCACUCAAUUCUUGGUAGGAAGCAGUGUCAUGGUCUCUCCGGUGCUAGAAAAGGCUAAAACUAAGGUCAGCGCGCUCUUUCCUCCAGGCACUUGGUACAGUUUAUUCGACAUGACACAAGCCAUUGUCACGAAAGAGCCACAUUACCACACACUUGAUGCACCAUUGCACGUAGUCAACGUGCAUUUGUACCAAAAUGCCAUAAUACCAAUGCAACGCGGAGGGAUGUUAACAAAACAAGCAAGAAUGACACCUUUUACAAUCGUUGCAGCCUUCCCACUCGGGGCAUCAGAAGGGGAAGCUAAAGGAAAUCUCUUCCUCGACGAUGAUGAGCUCCCAGAGAUGAAACUAGGAAAUGGGAAGUCAACAUACAUGGAUUUCUACGCGACAACUAGCAAUGGUACAGUCAAGAUUUGGUCUGAAGUUCAAGAAAGCAAAUACUCGUUGGAUAAAGGUUGGUACAUCGAAAAGGUUACCGUGUUAGGAUUAAAUGGAAUUGGAGGUGCAUUUGACAUUCUUGUGGAUGGAACUAAAGUUGAAGAUACUUCAAAGGUGGAAUUUGAAACAGAAGAGCAUAAGUAUACAGACAAAUUGGAAGAUGGAGGUCACAAGAAGAGUAUGAUGCUAGAUAUUAAAGGGCUAGAAUUACCAAUUGGGAAAAACUUUGCUAUGUCUUGGAAAAUGGGGAUUUAACUUUAGUCUAUAUUUGUGUGGAUAAAAUUGCCUAUGUCUUUAGUUAAGUAGUUAUAAGGUUCUUAAUGAAAAGAAAAGGAGAUUUGAGUUUUAAAUGAGCUCUUAAUUUCCUUUUUUUCAUAAAAAUAGGCAAAAAGAUUUAAGUGUAUUAUUGGUUUAUGUUUCUGUAAGAGUUUUACUUCAUUCUGUUGUUGACAAAUUGAAAUCAAAGUGUUUUAGCAAUGUUUAUGUAAAAGUCUUUGGAA